GGGGGCUAAAAUAGUAGAUCCGUAAACUACUUGUAGAUCUCAACAGUCUCGUGUGUGUGCUAAUUGGCUUGAAUAGUGCUGAAGAUAUGCGCGUUAUUGUGUGUGUUGGUUUACGAAGAAGUCCAACCAACUAUGAAUCCUGUCAUCUCCAUAAAAGGAAGACCCAUCAGCUACCUUGCGCACUUCUUGAACUCCAUUUAUUAUACAUCAUUUUCCCAGGUUCAUCUAUACUAGAUAUCUAGCAUGGCUGAUAACGCAAGCUCAGCUCAUACCAAGCUCGAUUUUACCACAUUUUACAAUGUGAUCGACGGGAAGCUCUGUAACUCUAGCACGGGCAAGACCCGAUGUAGUGUGAACCCCGCUACGUUACACGAUAAUCCACAAGUGCCCCUCAGCACCCGCGACGACGUCGAUAGGGCCGUUGAAACGGCACGGAAGGCAAGAAAGGCUUGGGCUUCUACGUCCUGGGCGGGACGUCAAAAGGCCUUGAAGGAUUUCGCCGACGCUUUCGAGGCGAAUGGCGCGGGUUUUCUAGACUUGCUAAUCAAAGAGCAGGGUAAAUCGGCCAAAGAAAGCCAGAUCGAGCUAUGGCUGACUCUUAUGUUCCUCCGUGGCCUAAGCGACCUCACCUUACCCGAAGAGGUGGUGGAAAAUAGCGACAAGCGAAAAGUCAUAUCGCGAUAUACACCACUUGGCGUCGCUGCUGGUCUUGUUCCUUGGAACUAUCCUAUUUUUCUCGCAUGUGUCAAGAUUGCGUCGGCACUUGUCACUGGUAACACCUUCAUCCUCAAGCCAUCACCACACGCACCAUAUUGCGACCUCAAACUCGCUGAACUCGGUCUACAAUUUUUCCCACCGGGUGUCUUUCAAGCAUUAAGCGGUGACGACGAGCUCGGUCCUUGGUUAACUGCGCAUCCUGGUAUCGAUGUAGUUAGUUUUACCGGCUCGGUCGAGGUAGGGAAGAAAGUGAUGGAGUCCUGCAGCAAGACUUUAAAGCGCUGCGUUCUUGAGUUAGGCGGCAAUGACCCCGCAAUCGUGUGCCAGGACGUUGAUAUCGAAGCCGUCGCGCCGAAACUCGCGUACUUCGCCCUCGCCAAUUCGGGACAGAUUUGUGUUAUACCGAAGCGUAUCUACGUGCAUGAAUCGAUCUACGAUAGAUUCGUUGCUGCGAUGGCGGCGUUUGCGAAUGCUGUUAGCUUUAAGGGAGAUGAAGAUCCGUCGAUUGGACCGGUGUCGAACGGACCGCAAUACGAGAGGGUGGAGGGGUUGUUGGCGGAUAUCGAAUCAAAUGGGCUGAGUAUAGCGGCUGGUAACACAAAGCCUCUUGCCGAUCAGAAGGGUUUCUUUUUGGCGCCUACGAUCGUAGAUAAUCCGCCGGAUAACUCCAGGAUCGUUACUGAAGAACCAUUCGGCCCUAUAUUCCCCGUUCUUAAAUGGAGCGAGGAAUCGGAGGUCAUAGAACGUGCUAAUAAUACUGAAUACGGUCUCGGUGCUUCGGUGUGGUCAAAGGAUGUAUAUAGGACUGAACGUAUCGCUCGACAGCUUGAGGCGGGGUCAGUUUGGGUUAAUACGCAUGCGGAGGUCGACCCGAAGUUUGGGUCUGGGGCGUAUAAGAGUAGUGGGAUUGGUGUACAUUAUGGAGUAGAGGGCUUGAAGGAGUAUUGCAACUUGCAAGUCUUGUAUACAAGACUCGGUUAG